AUGGCGAAUACAGGUAGUACCUCACGGCCAGUCUUCACCAUCCUAGUUGUGGGCUGCGGUCUCAGUGGCCUGGCGUCCGCCCUGGCUCUUGCUCAAGCCGGACACCGCGUAACCGUGUUUGAGCGCAGCCCGAAGCUGCAAGAGAUCGGUGCCGGGAUACAGCUGUCCCCGAACGCCACUCGUUUGCUUCAGCAUUGGGGCGUCUUUGACGAAGUGCUUCGGUAUGCUGAUCAACCCGAGGACGGGACUUUCCGCUCCUACCGGGGAGAACUGCUCUCGCAUUCCCCGCCAGUGUCUCAUCCGAACCUGGUGAGCAAAUCCCCGUAUCUGGUCGUCCAUCGCGCCGACCUCCUGAGGGCCUUGCUAUCGGGGACGAGCAAGCAUGCUACCAUAGAGAUCAAACUUGGCAGCGAGGUUGCAGAAGUUGACUUCAGCAAACCAUCCCUCCGUCUCUCCACUGGAGAGGUCUACGAAGCGGACCUCAUACUCGGCGCCGAUGGGGAGAGGUCUCGUUGCCGGGCUGGCCUGUUGGGCCGUGAGGACCCUCCUUAUUGCCCGGGCGACGUGGUCUACCGCGUCUCCGUCCCCACCAAGGCCAUAGCCCUGGGUCACUCGGCCUGGGACCUGACGAGACGCUCCAGUGUCAACUUUUGGAUGGGCCCGCGCGGGCACGUGGUCACGUAUCCCAUCCAGCAGGACAUGCUCAAUGUCGUUCUGAUAUAUGCCGAAGGGCCAAGUACCACCAAGGCCAUGUAUGGGCCGCAACGCGCUACGAUAGACGAAUUCAGGAGCAGGGUCUCGGGCUGGGAUCCGGUGCUUCACGACCUGAUAGACAUGGAAGGGUCCGUCUGUACAAAGUGGAACCUGUUUCAAAUCCGUGAGCAGAGCCAAUGGCACCAUGAGAACGGUCGAUUUGUGCUCAUUGGCGAUGCUGCUCAUGCAAUCUUGCCAUGCCUAGCUCAAGGUGCGGCACAGGCAUUCGAGGACGCAGGCGUCCUUGGUGCCAUAUUCGACCAGUUGGUGGCACGGGAGCAGAUUCCAGAUGCCGUCAAGGUAUUCGAGGAUGUGCGUAGACCACGAGCCUCAGACGUCAGACAGCGUUCACUAGACCAGAAGGCCAUGUUUGCUCUUGCUGAUGGUGCAGAGCAAGAGAAACGGGAUGCAAUGCUCCGCGCAGGCGAAGACUAUCCAUUGUUUGAAUGGCUUUGGGGUUAUGAUGCCAUUGAAGGGGGGCGAGAAGCGUGGAAGAGAUUCUUAAACGAGAAGAGUAUUGAGAAUGGUGCCUACGUUCCCUAG